CUCACCGCGCGGCGCACUGCGGCCACACGCAGAAUUAAGUUCAAGUUGUAACUUAGUGAUGAAACAUUUUUGAUUGACAGAAAAUGUGAUUCAGUCGACGAACGCAUUUUUUAUUUUUUUUUCUUUGGAUAUUUGAAAUUCGAAAGUGGAAUUAUUGGAACGUCGACGUGAAUUUUUUAAGAUGGCGCACAGCAUCAUGCUUCGCCUAGCAUACCUACUCACGCUGCUAGCCGUGACGUCAUCACACAAAGCGCAGACCAGGUGGUCCCGCCAGAUCAGCUCCUACACAUCAGACAUUAGCGACUGGGUGCCCCUGUCGGGACCAGUUGAGAGAGACCCCACCCCGCUGCCCCAGAUCAAGAGGCAAGCGGUCGCAGAACCAAGGAUACUCACGGACCCAUUCCCAGAAGUGUCCAGACCAGUUGGAUUUGGCCAAGAUGCGUUCCCCACCAGAUUCUAUAAUUCACCAGCAAAUAGACAGUUGUAUCUUCAAUCAGUGCCGUCGGUACCAUCAGCGCCGCAGAAUUAUUUGACUGAUCAGGGAUUUGGACAAAGCAUUCGAUUUGGCCUAUCCCCAUCGAACUUCCCGUUGAGCCAAGGCUUCGUCGCGCCUCCGUUUACGUAUGAUAACAUUCCGCAGGUUAAACCAAGACCUCAAGCUAUUCCCGCGCCACAGGCCGUGAAAUACGAGACCUACUCUAAACCCUUGCCUGCUGCUCCUCAGCCAAGACCAGCUGGAAACCAAGCUGCUAAAAUAAAGCCCGAACCUCCAAAAUUCGUAGAUGGAUACAGAGCUGAAAACGCUAGCAACGAAUACGUUUAUACUCAGAAGAAGAAACCUCAAUCACUACAGAAGAUCAAGUUUGAAAAUGCUGAGAAACCUAAAAUUGAAACGAUAUCUCAGGGUCAAAACGUGCCGAGGUCCGAAAAGGAAGAGGUGCAGUUACUAUACGUCCCGAUAGAGUCGUUGAAUAGAGGUCAUUUCAACUUCAGAAGCCCGAUAUCUUCACCUCAGUUGGUUAACACGGACUUAUACUCGCAAAACGUGCCGCGACCGAAUCCCUUAAAGCAAGCGUUAACUGAUUACCAAACCCCGGUCCAAAAACAAUUAUCAGAACAGGAAUAUUUCACAGAAUUUAAUUCGCAAUUGAAGGAUUUCGACCAAGUACCAAAAUACUCAACCACGCCUUACCCCACUGCGGCACCGACUACUCCCAAACCGAAGAAAUUGAAGCCCCAUCAGCCUCCUCUAGCUAUAUUUUUGUCCCAAGAAACCCAUAAAAACAGUCACAUGAAAGUUGGUGACGUUCUGUCAUCUCUAAAGAGUUCCAACACUAUAGCUGUUUUGGACUCUGUUAAUCCAUUGAAUGCUCCAAAUGUGUUCAUCGGUCCUUCGACUUUGGUGCCGCCAGAAAACUACGUAAAAUUCGAGCUGCCUUAUUUAUCUAACAUAGAGAAUAGCGAUAAGAAACUCAAGCAACUGCCGUUCUUCGUGGCGCCUUUGAGUUACAACACUCCUCAGGGAUUCGCCAAGAUUCCGUUCCCAUCCCCCCACGUUGGGUCAGUAGUAAUCAACUCACAGAUCAAAGAGCCACAAACGACUCAAGCGAAUGUACCGAAUGUGAUCCCGAACUCGUACGCCGCUGUACCACCUCCUCCGCAACAACAACGACAAGUCUACAGGGAACAGAAGCCAGUCACUCAAAAGCCCACGAUCAGUUUCUACAGCACCUCACCACCGAAAACAUACUCUCCAACCAAUUAUCAAUCAAACUACUACUCUUUCGAGCCGCAAAUGGUGUCAUCUCUUGAACCUCAAAAGUUCCCCGAAACGGCAACCGUGCCUCAGAAACCUAGUAACUAUUUCAUUGGCAAUGCCCCUCAAGAAUACAAUCAGUUCAAUAAGUUCCCACAAAACGAAUACAGGCCUCAGGAACCAGCUCAAUACAUUCCUAAGCAAACGCCACCACCCACGACAACAACGCAGAGAACUACGACGAGAACAACAACAACGAAGCCAUCGACAUAUCCGAGUCAACUGUUAGAAACUCAUAACCCGUACUCUAUCAACCAAGCAUUCCAUUUCAGUACGCCACUGGACUAUCACAACUACUUUGACGACGUUAAGGAGCCAGUAGCUACUCCACGCACGCCAGAGUUCAGGCCAUCGCCGACAUUGAAUCCCAUUUCAACAUCCCCUGCGCCACCUAAGACAGAAGAAGUGGUAACACAGAAACAGACGUACCCACAAGAGGCGGCAUCGCCAAAUUACUCUCAAAACUACAGCCCAGAAAUACAGUACGAAACUGACAUCAAACAUUCCAGAUACCCAGUUUACAACACAAAUGAUUAUACAACCAAGAGUGAAGCGAGCUCUGAAUACAACCAACCACCAACAGAUACUGUUAUCCCCACUGACAACACAGAAAAUGUAGAAACACAACAACCCAUUUUACAAGAGAAUCAGACUGAGAUAUUAAAUUCACAGAAUGCACCCGAAGUUGAUCCUUCGCAGGUGUAUGAAUACAAUCAAUACGAAACAAAUUACAAUCAAGAAGAAGCUAUCACAAGUACUUCAACAACGACUACCACUACAACAACAAGACGACCUCUUCGUAGCCGCGGGCGACCACGAUACACAACCCCUAGAUCUGACUCCAACGAAUCUACAUCCAGACCCGUUGUCACUAGAAAACCUUUAAGAGAACGUCGACCCUUACCGACCAGACAACGAUAUGAACCGAAUAAGAUAACGACCGAAAAGCCUACUAGAAAACCGACUGAAUCUUAUGAAAGUACUACCAAGACCAUUCGGACCAGAACACGAGGCAGAGUUCAAUAUAAAGUUACAGAUAAUGAGGAGUUAUAUGAUAGGAGAGUUAAAACUCACAACAGCAAAGAAGAAGACUUGGCCUACCAAAGAGACGUAUUACACCAAAACUAUCCCGUGACACUGAUGGAAAGGACCAGCACCGUAGAUAUCGAAGCUAUAACAGAACCGGCGCCAAGAAUAUCCUCAACAAGGAAUAUUGAACCUUUACUGAGACUUAUGAUACUGAAAAUGCUUACACUAACGAAAAGGCAUCUAUAACUCAACAGCUACCUGAAAGUGAUACCAAGGAUGAUAUAUUUAUACCCAAGUAUACGUCAAGGGCGACUGCACAAACUGAAACACCUUACGUGCCUAAACUACCUUCAACUCGUAACGAAGAGUAUAUCUAUCACUCUAGAAGUAGUCCGACACCAACUGUACCCGACGUAGUAGAAUAUAAUGAAGCUGUAUCUGAAAGAGAAGACAGCUAUUCAGCUCAAACAACAUCCGCACAAAGAGAAGAACCUGAAACUAAUCAUUACGCUACUGAAACAGCCAGCCCUGUGACAGAAGAAAACGUGCCUAUCUACUCAAUAAAUGACGAAUUGUCUCCUGUAAAACAAGAAGAACCCACGACUUCAUCUGACAUUGAAGUAACUAGAGCUGUGUCGCAAGAAACGACACACGAAGUUGAAGACGAGGAGGAAGAAAAUGUUGUACAAACAACCCCGUCGUACAACAGAGUGCGUGUUCGUCCAGGAGUCAUAAGACAGUAUCACCAAGCAUCUACGGAAUCUUCGAGAACAAAAACAGAAAGAAGAAGACUUCCAGCAGUAACGUAUAGACCAGCCUACGAUAGACGACGAACCACAAUGCGCAUAGAAGAAAUCGAGGCUGAUUUGAAGACAAAACAAGUCCAUUCCCGACCUGAAGUCCAAGAUUACAAGCAUCCAGUUUAUAAACCAGAACCAACUACUGAACCUAGCAGCAUAUCAUCCGGUUCUCAGGAAGUUACGACUAAACGCGGUCAUUUCGCCGCAGGCGACCAACAUAUUCUUACACAACGACGUCGACUGAAGCCUCUGCUACUCGCAGAACCUAUGAAGCUAAAACAGAUUUAGGGUCGCAGGCCUACUGAGAAACCUACGGAUAAACCGGAGCAAGCAUCAGAGGUCACAACAACUACAAAGAACCCUCUUUACACAAGAUAUAGUCAUAGACCUCGAUUAUCAGAAAGAUAUAAUAAGAAGCCGGAAUCUGAAGAAACGGAAGACCAGGAAUCCAACUACUCGAUAAACAGACCGAGAUAUGUCCACCCCGAUAACAGUCGAUGGUCUCCCAAAGUUUCUGGUGAAUCUUUCAAACCGUUUAACCCGAAC